AUGACAAUCGAUAAUAUCUAUGAGCAAGUCAUACAAGCUGGCCUAGGCUGCGUAAUUAUCAAGAGGGAUAUCAAAGACGCCUUCCGAAUAGUCCCUGUUGCCGAGGACAACCAGCAUCUCCUUGCCUUCCAGUGGAACGAUUCCACCUACGUUGAGUGCUGUCUCCCCUUUGGCCUGGCAACGGCCCCAUAUCUCUUUAACCUCUUCGCUGAGGCACUCCAUUGGAUACUCCAAUGCCUCCUUCCUGCAUUCUACAUCAAUCAUUACCUAGACGACUUCAUCGCAAUUGCUCGGUCUCCCUCGGUGUUCGACCCUAUGAGUGCCUUCGAUAAGGUUUACAACAGGGUCACCGACUACCUACGUAUCCCUCGCAAUACUAAGAAGGACCAGCAAGGGACCUGUGUUACAGUCUUAGGUAUCCAGAUAGAUACUCUCGCAAUGGAAGCUCGUCUGCCACCAGAAAAGUUGUGCCGCGCCACAUUGGACGCCGCAGCUGCCCUAAACGCGGCGAGUCUCUCCCUCAAGCAAACAGAGCGCCUCACAGGCUUACUAGCCUUCUGUUCAAGAGUUGUUCGGCUAGGAAGAACAAGGCUACAGUCCCUAUACACCUUCCAAGCCGCUUUCCCACAUGGGAGUAGCGCGCGCCGCCGUAUCCCUUAUGAGGUUCGUGACGAUUUGGAAUGGUGGAGGGACCCCUUGUCUCUCUUCAACGGCGUACUUCUAAUUGACCCCUGUCGCCGCACUAUCACGCAUCUCUACACAGAUGCCUCCAGUACAGGCCAGGGGCUCUUCUUCUUUUCAUCUAAGUCUACAUUAGACUGCUGGCUGGCCCAUUGUCACCAGCUUCAUCCAAGCAAUGCUGCCACAUUGGCCCUUGCUCAAGACGCACAUGUGCACAUCAAUACCAAUGAAGUAGACGCUAUUCUUCAAGGCUUCCUACUCUUCAGCCACCAUUGGCUCCAUCACACUCUCGUUAUCCACACGGAUAGCUCCACAGCGCACACGGGACUAAAGAAAGGCUUCCUUCAUGGACCUCUCGGUAUUGAACCACCCGCGUGGUUCUCUUCACGAGCUCCUCAGCUCAAUACAGGCCACCUGAAACUGCUCUGGAACGGACUCAGCGCCAAUACACGUUCCGUUUACCUCUCCGUUCACCGCAAUUACGAAAAGCACUGCGCGCUACAAAGUAUACCCGCAUGGCCAGUUUCAAAACAUUCUUUGACCUCAUGGUUAAGCACACGACUCCUUGGUAACGCUAGCCAAAAGGCCGUCAAGCCUGACACCGCACUCGCCGACCUAGCCGCUCUCCGAGCCUAUCAUAUCGAUAACUUCCUUGACGAUAAACUCUUCGAUAACAAGCAUUUUCGACGUCUUAUAGACGGCGCGAGAAGACUCAACCCUAUCACCAAAGUACGGGUCAGAAAACCGAUUUCGCGUGACACUAUUACGAAACUAUCCGCGGGCCUCGCCACACUCCCGUUACGGCCCUUGGAGAUAUCUGCAAAGGCUCUAGAUGACCUGAACUUCGCAACCGCGUGCCGGGUAGCAUUUGCGGGGUUCCUCCGCCUUGGGGAAUUUACCUACAAGACUGAAGACCUCCACACAUGUUCUAUCUUCUCAUCCACAAAGUUAACGCGCUCCGACGUCAGAUUUUCGUCCUCGUUAGACCACGCACAACUCACACUCAAGCGCAGUAAGACGGACCGCCGCCACGAAGGAGUACAGAUUAUCCUUGCAAGGACGGGAGACGGCGCAUGCCCAGUUGAAGCGCUUCAGAAGCUGCUACUUCUCGACCCCAGAGGGCCCGACGCCCCAUUGUUCUCCUUCCACAGAAGACCAUUCAGUCGCAACAACUUCCUCUCGACCUUGUAUGCUAAGCUAAGAUCGCUGGGGAUACGGACAGACGGCUACUCGGGUCACAGCUUUCGGAAGGGUGCGGCUCAGCAUGCACACGAUAAUCCAGAUGCUAGGGAGAUGGACUUCGGAGGCGUUCAGGGUGUAUUUUACGACGAACGCCUCUGUCCUGUACAAGCUUAA